AAAAGCAUAUCUUGAAAUCAGUGCACUGUGGCAAUAAAAACGAACAAGGCUGGCUAAACAAGUCUGUUUUUCUCUUUCCAAAUCCAUAUUUUGUAUUAUGAAUUGACUUACUGAGUUUCAAUCGCAAUCAUGCAGACUGUUGCUGCAAUAUUUACAUUCAUUAUUCUGCAACUUGGAGGUUCCGUCGGAACGCCACUGAACACGACGCUUAAGCUAGAAACGGACUGUCAUCCGCCACAUAACCCAACAGCCAAAGCCGACGCAGCUCCUUUGGGUAUUUCCUCCUUCAGAAAGGACAACUUGACGGCAACUGAAACGCGCUUGUAUGAGCAGAUGCGGUCCAAUGACGACAUUCCUGCCUACCAGACCUGCCUCGUGGAAACCAGGCACGGGUAUGUCAACCGUUGGAAAGUAGAAAACGUCAACGAAUCGGACACAAGCUACGUGGAUCUGCAGUGUCAUACUACUGCACGACGCGACGCAGUGGCUUAUAUUGCAAAGAAUAUCAGUGUCAUCAGUCCGCUGCGUGCUUUAACCGUACAACUGGCAGAUAGAGAGUAUGAGCCUUAUGAUCCGUCAGAUCUCACCCCCGUUCACCAAGACGUCUUCGAACCGAUUCGCAAUCAGGUGAUCCAAAUAGAUAUAAUCCGCUGCUACGCCCCCAACAUUACAGCUCUAGUCUUCGAAGUGGGAAUCCUGCCCAAUUUGGUCGCGCUGAGUUUUCAGGAAGGCCGGAAUCUCGUGAUACACAAGGGAGACUUUUUCCGAAUGCCCAAUAUUCGCAUGAUAUACUUCACCGCCUCCAGUAUUCAGGAGGUGGAACCGUAUACGUUCACCGAUCUGGCAAACUUGCAGAGCUUAACGUUGGAACGCGACGUCGAUCUUUUCAUAGAAGGGUAUAAUCACUGUGCCCCACUGAUGUCAUGGAAAUGCAUGAAUGAGCAGGAUAUGGCGAAUAUUAAAAAGCUGCAUUGCGACUGUUCCUAUGCGUGGUACCGCAAUUUCCUCAAAAAGAAACCAUAUUUAACAAAGAAGCGAGAAAGCGGAGAAGUGCUGACCUUUGGCGACUAUAAAACUCCCAGCAAGUUUUGGUUUCCCCUCAAAGAAGGUGUGCACGUGCUAAACGUGGACUGUGCAGGAAAUCUCACCCAUGUGGACCCCGAGAUAUUCCAAGCAUGGACUUCUGACAAUUAUUACACCGGCAACGAAAACACGCCUUACUCAUAUAACGUCUCAUGCUACGACUUACCAUGCAACUAAUUUUCGCAUGUAUACAACUAAUUUUUCGUAUGUUUUGUUCUGUAAAAUACAUGUAAUUAUCGAUUUCAUCGUUAGCUGUUAUGUUCGGGUAUCAUGCAGAAUACAGUUUACUAGAAAGAUAAGCUCGGUGAGAGGAGUGUUUAGCUGAAAGGAAACGGCGACUGAACUUCCUGAUUUUUAUUGCAUAUAAACGCAGACAUCCAA